AUGCCCUCUCCAACCGACGAUGAGACGCCAUUUCCAUCUCUGAGCCACGCCGCGACCUUCAACGUGUUUGGACGCUCCCAUCUGUCUCCACAAGAUGCGCACCUUUCGCCGCCCCGACGGGCACGCGAUUUUGAUGGCGAUGGUACCGCUGAGAUGCGAGGGAUAGGCGGUGGCAGCGACAGAAGCAGAAGUCGUCGACGGAAGAGAGCAUGGAAGAAGCUCAUGUGGGUGAAGCAAUCGUUCCCAGACAACUACACAGACCAAGCAACCUUUCUAGAAAAUCUCCAACGAAACCCCCGCCUCAAACCGUACGACUUUUGGCCCCUCGUCGCCGACUCGACCGUCAUCCUCCAACAUGUCUGCUCCGUCACCAUCUUUAUUGUCUGCUUCGUAGAAAUCUACCACGAGCGUGUUUCGCCUGUCUCUGUCGUCAGCUGGAGCAGCUUCGCCACCUUUGUAGGCUGGAUCCUCUGGGAGCGCUGGGUGUCCGAAGAAGAAGACAAGGAAGACGAAGCCAACGCAGCGGCAGUUGCCUCUGCCGCCGCAACAGGAAACACAGCACCCGCCCCCGUCGUACGAACAGGCAGUGUACGACGACGAAAUCGCGCUGGGAGCGUUAGAAGACCACCGCACCCGCUGAGAGUCGAGUCCCUACCGUCCAACAUGUCGACCUCUGUGACGCCUUCGAGCGCCGCACAGUCGCCGGGAAACUCUGCAGCCAGCUCGACCACGAACCUUCAUAGCAAUGGGAGCGUUCCCAACGGCCGCCUCGCCCCAUCUACAUCUACAACAUCGUCGCGACUAACCCCCAAGACCAGCAGCGAAGCCCUGCGCAACAACGAGCCGCUCGUGCCGCUUGACGAGAACCGCACCCACCAACGCCUCGGCACUAUUAAGUCGGCGCUUCUCAUCUGGUCUACGCUCCUGGGUCUUAGCCCCAUCCUCAGAUCGCUUACCGAGUCCACCAGCAGCGAUAGCAUCUGGGCCAUAUCAUUCUGGCUGCUGGCCAUCAAUAUCUUCUUCUUCGACUACUCGGGCGGCGUGGGCACCAAAUUCCCCGCGUCGCUGUCCACGAAUGCCGCGCUCAUGGCGUCUACCGUGCUGGCAAGCCGUCUGCAAGAAACGGGACCAGUCUUUAGCUUAACACUCUUCAGCAUCGAGGUGUUUGGGCUGUUCCCCGUAUUUAGACGGCAUAUACGCCACCGCAGCUGGAAAUAUCACCUUUUACAGACUGUGAUUCUCGUUGUGGGGUCCGGGUUCGGCGUGGGCAUGGUUGUCGCGGCCGUCAAAGAGUGGAAGCAGCCGUGGAAGAGCGGCAUCAUGGGCAUGAUCUUCUCUGUCGUGACGGCCGCGCUGGCCACGGGCGGGUGUAGUUGGUGGUUGAUUGGAUUGCAAAAGUACAAGAAUGAGAUUAGGGGGCCUUGGGAUCCUGCUCGGCCUAUUAUUAUGAGUAGGACGAGGUGGGAUGACAGAUGA